AUGUGUCCAAUUAGAUUACUACAAAUUGAAUCCAAAGGAAAACGUUGGUACUUAUCAACGGAGAAACGCUUCUUAUCCUUUCUUCUCCUUCAUUCACUCUGAACGUUUUACAGACGAUGAUGCAGCCACUCGGUCUCUAGCUCUCAUUACCAGUCAGAGCCUGCCAUGGCCACUAGAGUGCUGUCUGCUGCCUUGGUCUUCGUUCCUCUGUGUCCAAAUCUUUCUUCUUCUUCUUCUAAGGCGAAAUCAGUGUUACUCACGCCAAACAAAAUUUAUACGUCUCUUCGCCGUGUAUCUGGGCCAUGUAAUGGGGCUUUGAUUGCAAAGGGAUCCGUCAAGUGCCAAGCCUCAGGUGAAAGCUCUGAUACUUCUGUGGACCCAAACUCAGUAGCAGUUUAUCAAGGAAUUUAUGGUCCUUGGACUGUUGAUCCUAAUGACAUUCGAGAGGUGAUUUUGUACAGAUCAGGAUUAGUGACUGCAGCUACCUCUUUUGUUAUUGCUGCUUCUACGGCUUUCCUUCCCGAUGACUCUCCAUUGAGCGGCUUAAUAAAGCAGAAUCUUGAUUUCUUUUAUGUCCUUGGAGCUGGAGGAUUGGGCUUAUCAUUGGUGUUGAUUCACAUAUAUGUAACUGAGAUCAAGCGCACUAUUCAAGCAUUAUGGGCACUCGGGAUUUUUGGAUCCUUAGCAACAUAUUUCAGCCUUGCUCAACCAGCUGGCGAGAAUUUAGUGCAAUAUGUCAUUGACAACCCAACAGCUGUCUGGUUUGUUGGGCCACUCUUUGCAGCAUUGACAGGACUUGUCUUCAAGGAAGGCCUCUGCUAUGGAAAGUUGGAGGCUGGUAUCCUGACUUUUAUCAUUCCCUCGGUCCUUCUUGGGCACCUGACUGGUAUAAUGGAUGAUGCAGUGAAGGUAACUCUACUGGGUGUGUGGAUGGGACUCUUCGUGAUUUUUGCUGGAAGGAAGUUCUCUCAGCCUAUUAAGGAUGAUAUUGGAGACAAGUCUGUCUUCACCUUCAAAGCUUUGCCAGAGGAUCAAAAGAAGGCUCUUGUUGAGAAACUUGAGCAGCAAAAGUUCAGUUAGAAUCUUAAUUAGGCUGAAACGAAAACAAAAGAAUGACCCUUGGUUCUUAUAGAAAAAUGGUUCUGUUGCGUCAUAGGUGAUGCUACUUUAAAUUUAGCAAAAGAACCUCGCUUUGUAAUGCCGUUAUGUUCUGUAAAAUCAACAAUGCACUGUCACAUAUAUCUUUGCCCUUUGUUGUAAGCUAAUCUCAUAGAAGAAUGAAGUUAUUCCUGUAUUUAA